AUGUCCGGCAAGCACGAGUUCUGCCCAGGAGAGAAGCGGAUGAUUGUGAACAGCUACGAGUAUAUCAAAAGCCAGAAGGAACAAGGCCUCUUCAAAGGCAUCAGGACACAUCAACUGGUCUCUGAUUGCCUUGGUUGUGCUCCCAACACCGUUGACUCCGUGGUUAAUGAGAAAAAGAAUAACCCAGACACUGAUUUUGAGCAAGUAGGGGGCGUACAACCUACGCCAACCAUGUUGGUUUACAACCGAGCUGCCAACAGAGAUGUACUGCUCAGUUUGGCCAAACUCAACAAACCGAAGGCCGUUUACGCAGCUAACACCAUUGCAACACGCUACAACCAUCGACUAUCCACCGCCGACGCAGUGCAGAAGAAGAUCGAGGACCAGUUCGUCGCUCUUCAGAAGGAAUUAGAACAGUAG